GUGCUGCUUUCCUCAAUGCUGUUGUCAAGGUUUACUGCACCCAUACUGCACCAGACUAUUCCCUACCAUGGCAGAAGCAAAGACAGUAUGCAAGUACUGGAAGUGCUUUUAUGAUUGGGGAAGGGAAGAUUUUGACAAAUGCUCACUGCGUGGAACAUGAUACACAGGUGAAAGUGAAAAGAAGAGGAGAUGACACAAAAUAUGUUGCAAAGGUUCUAGCAAGAGGAGUUGAAUGUGACUUAGCUCUGCUUUCUGUUGAAAGCAAGGAAUUCUGGGAAGGGGCUGAGCCAAUUCAGCUUGGAAACUUGCCUAAUCUACAGGAUGCUGUCACUGUUGUCGGAUAUCCACUUGGAGGAGAAACGAUAUCUGUGUCUAAAGGUGUGAUAUCAAGAAUUGAGGUGACAUCAUAUGCUCAUGGGUCUUCAGAGUUACUUGGUAUUCAAAUUGAUGCAGCUAUAAAUCCUGGUAAUAGUGGUGGGCCUGCAUUCAAUGACCAAGGAGAAUGCAUCGGAGUCGCCUUCCAGGUAUACAGAUCUAAUGAUGUUGAGAAUAUAGGAUAUGUAAUUCCAACGACAGUCGUGUCCCAUUUUCUUGAAGACUACCAAAAAAAUGGGAAAUACACUGGUUUCCCUUGUCUUGGAGUGCUAUUGCAAAAAUUGGAGAAUCCAGCUCUGAGGGCGUGCUUAAAUGUUCCAACCAAUGAGGGUGUACUUGUGAGGAAAGUUGAGCCUACUUCCCCUGCCAGUCAUGUCUUGAAGGAGGGUGAUGUCAUUGUGAGCUUUGGUAAUAUCCGUGUUGGCUGUGAAGGGACAGUACCUUUCCGGUCAACUGAGCGCAUUGCGUUUCGCUAUCUUAUCAGUCAAAUGUUUAGUGGUGAUGAAGCUGAACUUGGCAUUAUCAGGGGAGGGCAAUCUAUGAAAGUUCAAGUUGUUUUGAUUCCACGAGUGCACCUGGUUCAAUACCACAUUGAAGGAGAUCAGCCAUCAUACUUAAUCAUAGCUGGUUUAGUCUUUACAUCCCUUUCAGAGCCACUGAUAGAGGAAGAAUGUGAAGAUGAUAGCAUCGGGAUGAAAUUGUUGGCUAAAGCACGAUACUCUAUGGCGAGGUUCAAAGGAGAACAGAUUGUGAUUCUAUCACAGGUGUUUGCAAAUGAAGAAAACAUUGGAUACGAAGAAAUAUGCAAUGAGCAGGUCUUGAAGUUAAAUGGCACUUGGAUUAAAAAUAUUCACCACCUGGCUCAUCUAGUUGACUCUUGCAAGGACAAAUAUCUAGUCUUUGAAUUCGAAGACAACUUUUUGGUUGUUUUGGAGCGUGAAUCAGCUCAAGCGGCCUCUCCCAGCAUCCUCAAAGCCUAUGGAAUUCCAUCCCAAAGAUCUCCUGAUCUAAUGGAACCAUAUUUGGACUCAGUAGGACAGAAUGAAGCUGCAGAUCAACGGGAGUUUGGUGACAGUCCCAUUUCAAGCUCAGAGUUCGGGUACGAGGGCCUUCUUUGGGCAUAAACAUUCUUAGAAUCUGUUCACUUGCAUUACAAGUUUAUAUGAGUUAUUAUUCAUGUUUUUACCUCGAUUCAUUAUUAUGGAAAACUAUUCUUUUGGAGAUUGUAGGUAUUGUUCUCCAUAGUCACAUUCUCUAACCAAUUGUUAGAACAUUAGGUUUUUUCCUCUUUUAUUUGUAUCCUAUUUGUAUCUGUGCUCUGGCUGAAUAGAAUAGUGUAUUCAAUUCCUUAUGUUCUGUACUACCAAAUAAGAUUUCCCAAAUUUUGAAACA